UCAAAGACCUGAGACCACACGGUCCCUGCCCUCAGAGCCAGGCUGCACGGAUGCUGCAGUGAUGUCGGGGCCAGUGUUCAACAGUAAGAGAGCACUAAGCCAAAUCCUUCCCCAUCAUCAUGAUUUCAUCGUCGCAGGGGAAGGAAGGGAGACUGGAGAGAGGGAGGGCUGACUACGAAGCAAAGCGGGGGGAGAGGCACACACGGGGGCCUAGUUGCCACAUCUUUUUAUGCGAAGGAGCUGCGCCGCUAAAACACCCGUUUUUGGUUUCCCACACCGACUCCGGCCCGGGCCUCAGUCCGCGGUCUCGAGUUUGACAGCGGGCCGCCAGAGGCUGAAGCUCCUCGGUUAGACGCUGCCAGCCGGCCCGCGUGCUUAAACCACCAAAAUGGGAGACAGCAGAGAUUCCCGCAGUCCAGACAGUUCGUCUGUGUCGUCCCCCCCCUCAGGCCAGCGCUCACCCCCGCUGGUUCCCUCAGCAGCUUCCAUGACCUCCUUACCACCCAUCUCCUCAGCUGGGAUCAACAGCCCCAUCAGUAGCAUCGGCUCCCCCUUUUCUGUUAUUAGCUCAUCACUGGACUCACCCUGCCUACCCGGCACUCCGUCAGUGGGUUAUGGCCCCAUUAGCAGCCCUCAGAUCAACUCAACAGUGACCAUGUCAGGGCUUCACGCCGUGAGCAGCUCUGAUGACGUGAAACCUCCUCUGGGGCUGAAGCAGCUGUCUGCCCACAGCCCAGGCCCGAUGCUCUCCCAAAAACGUCUUUGUUCCAUCUGUGGAGACCGAUCCUCUGGUAAACAUUAUGGCGUCUACAGCUGCGAGGGCUGCAAAGGCUUCUUCAAGCGAACAGUGCGAAAAGACCUCACCUACACCUGUCGGGACAACAAGGACUGUAUUGUGGACAAGAGACAAAGAAACCGCUGCCAGUACUGCCGCUAUCAGAAGUGCCUGGCCAUGGGCAUGAAGAGAGAAGCUGUCCAGGAGGAGCGGCAGAGGAACAAGGAGCGAGACGGCGAGGUCGAGUCCACCAGCGCCGUGAACGAAGAAAUGCCCGUGGAGAGGAUUCUGGAAGCUGAGAUGGCCGUGGAGCAGAAGACGGAGCUCCAUGCAGACGGGAGCUCCGGCGGCAGCUCUCCCAACGAUCCCGUCACUAACAUCUGUCAGGCUGCAGACAAGCAGCUCUUCACCCUGGUGGAGUGGGCUAAAAGGAUCCCUCACUUCUCUGAGCUUUCCCUGGAUGAUCAGGUCAUCUUGCUUCGUGCAGGCUGGAAUGAGCUCCUGAUUGCAUCGUUUUCCCAUCGCUCCAUCUGUAUGAGGGAUGAGAUUUUACUGGCCACGGGUCUCCACGUCCACAGGAACAGUGCCCACAGCGCAGGUGUUGGAGCCAUCUUUGACAGGGUGAACAAUGCUGAGGUUGUGGCCAUAUUUGACAGGGUUUUGACGGAGCUCGUCAGCAAAAUGAGAGACAUGCAGAUGGACAAGACCGAGCUGGGCUGCCUUCGCGCGAUCAUUCUCUUUAACCCAGACGCCAAGGGUUUGUCCAACUCCAGUGAGGUGGAGCUCCUGAGAGAGAGGGUGUACGCGUCUCUGGAGGCCUACUGCAAGCAGAAAUACCCCGAUCAGCAGGGAAGGUUUGCAAAGCUCCUCCUUCGACUCCCAGCACUGCGCUCCAUCGGUCUGAAGUGCCUGGAGCAUUUGUUCUUCUUCAAACUGAUUGGCGACACACCCAUUGACACCUUUCUCAUGGAGAUGUUGGAGGCGCCUCACCAGCUGACCUAAGGGAGGCGCGUUCAGACCGGGUCAGGGUCCGAUGCACACCAGGAUUAUCAACGCUGGCUCCUCUCGUUGGGGUCGCUAACCUCCAGCUCCUGCUGGUUUUGAACGAGCCAGCUUUUACACACAAUCACAUGUUCACCGUCUUCACACACCUGCAUACUUUAGUUGCAUAAAAUCUAGCUAACACACAGGUAAAACAGCUUAACAUUAGCAUUUGCUAACACACACACACACACACACGCAUUUACACCAUCUUUCCCUUAGUUUCCCAUCUCAUGGUUGAAGACUAAAGAUCCUUUUAUCCCAAACUUACAGCAAACGUCUUAAUCUUAAAUGAGAUUAUAAUUUCAGAUCUUCAUCUUCAGUGAGUUUUUGCUUCUGCAUAUCUGGGAUUUUCCUCCUCUUUCACUUUACUUACAUCUACUGCUAGCUGCACCUGUUAUCUCCAUAACUAGCUGGUUAGUUGCUUGUGUUUAAUUUGAGCUUAAAGUCAAGUGCUAAGCUACCGGUCCACCAUCGAGACGAUUUAUCAUCAUCCCAGUGAAUCCAUUCACUCUGAAAAACAUAGAUUUUUUUUUUAAUAUUCAUACUGAAACUUGUUUGAGUUUCUAUUUUGAAGUACUGUACUCAUAAAAUGAGAGCUUUUUCUAAGGCAUUGAAAUCCAGGAAAAAGGGGUGUGUGAGCGCGUUGGCAAACGAUCCACGGCCCUUCACUCUGAUGCGCACAGCGGGCUUUGGAAGACAAGAGGAAUGACUUGAAUUUUCUUUUUUUAAGUUUAGAUUUUAUCUGUACUUUGGCAAAUGUUUGGCAUUUAAACGGCGUGGAGCUUAUGGGAAGUAACGCUUCACGCUUGGAAAAGUGUUUUACUCGUUCUGCUCCCUUGAGUCCUCCCUCUUCCGGUGGUCAUUAAUGCACUUUUGUGAGUUGUAACCGUGUAAAUGCUCCCGUUUCCUAAAGAUGGCCAUCUUUUCUCAGACACCCAAGUUGGACUUGAAGGUACUAAGUGUAGGGUUUUCUUCUUAUUGCAUCAUUUAAAAUCCUAUCACUUGUUGUUGAACUUGAUAAAUGGUGAGUGAGCUUCUGAGCGGAUGCUAACCAGGGCGGGGAAUGAUCCUAACUACCAGUCCUGUGGUUAAACAUGGCGGCCAAUGAGAGGAAACACGUUUCUGGCUCUCUGAAUAAUUUGGACGGUUUGUAUCUGAGCGUGUUGGCUUCUGGUCAGCGAGUCUGUGGAGUGAAUAAAUAUAACUGACGUUUGACUUUUCUACCCAGCACUUUUUGAAGUGUCCUUGGACUGUUUGGGAUUUGUGAGAGGCGUUGCUCCAAUCAGCUCUGUCCUCUUGAAAACGCGGCGCUGUAAGCUGAUUCCAGCUUGGCCCUAAAACCGUAGCUGAAAGUGACGCCGGCAUUACGAUAGUUGAAGAAGAAAAAAGACGAAUCAGCAUCAAAUUUGACACGUUAGAAAGAUUUCUGCUGACCUGCUGGUUCUUCAGCAUCCUGCUGCUGCAGAUGCAAUAAUCAGACCCGUUCGUGUUUGAGGGAAUAACGGGAAUCCUACAUCUACUACCUGCAGAUGUGGAAACUUUGUGUUUGGAUCAAUGCUUGAGACUUUUGUACCAUAGAUGUAAAUAAUACCAAAAAAAGCAGAGGAGUCGCUCAGACACAAACGACCCGCUGACACGUCAGAGCGACUCGUGCGGCUCCAGCAGAUAAAAUAGAAACUUUAUUUUUUUGCUGUUCAGAUUCGCCGUGAAGCCGCCGUUGAGCCCAGGGCCAAACCACACCUCGCUGCUGCUUUUGCACCACCUUCUGCCAACGUUUCCUGUUGUUCCCGGUAACUGAGGAUGUUUUUGUUGACAUUAGCACUUGAUAUUUACUGUGAUGGACACUUGUGAGGACCCGGGUCUGAAUUUUGCAGUGAAAAGUCACGUGCAGCUUCACAUGCAGCUUUGGCCACAAUCAGAAGAAGAAUUAAACCAUCUACACACUAAAACGAGCAAUACCGGGGUACACAGAGAUUUACUUCCACUUUGGGCUGUGGGGUGUCUGAGUGUUGAUUUCUGAAGUAUUUUCAGCCUCCUUGGUCACCACAUCCAGUAGAAACUAGAAAAGCAUUGUGCAGUAUCGUUCUACGGCGAAGAGCUCUUCUUCCAGGUGCUAAACGCUUCAUGUGGUCUUUUAAAGACUUGCACAUUUUCAUCAAUGCAAACAGAGUAUGCAAUCACAGACAAAUCAGCCAUUCUCCACACCUUCUUAGAUCUAGUCCUCUAUCGUUUCAUGACCUUCUUUAUUAUAGAUCCAUAGAUGUGGAAAAUGACGUCAGCUUAGUUCUGGUAAGUGUUGGCUGUUCCCUUUCAGACAGAGGCGGCCUUUUAUUGUUGUUAUUUUAGACCGGAGGAAAGCUGGAGAAGACGUAGGAAGCAGCUGGAUCCUCCGUCUUCAUCCAGAGUUAGCUUGUGGUCCCAAAACGUCUCAGAGAGAAUCCUCAGCCAGCGCCACACAAAGUGGACUAGGCUGGCAGGUGACCUGUCAGACAGGUGAUCUCUUUUACACGUUAGACGGUUAAUUGUUGUUUUCUUUAUGUCCGCUUGUUUAGCUUAGUGGCAUCAUCUCCGUUUGUUUUUUUUCUGAGAAGUCGAGUUUUUAUGCAACAAAACUGACUCAAGAAAAGCAAGAUGAUGGUGACGCACCGACUUCUGCCGGCGUUUUUUUUUUUUUUUUGCUGUGUCGACGAUUCGGUGAUGCGAGUCGGUUCGUUUGAGCGAACGGUGAGAUUUAGGGUUAGAAGAGUUCAGCCAUCCUGAAACGGGCCGAGGAGGAAGGAAGCGAGUUCAGCUCAGAGCUUCUCUCCUGGAACCGCCUCGGCUGUAGGGUAGGCGCUUGAAUGAAUAAUCUCUGGUUGGGUCAGACGUUCUUUUUAGAACUUCCUUUGUUGAACGUUGGAGCCUUCUGCUAUGGCACCGUGUUCAUAAUCCAGGAUGGGAAUGAAUUCAGUCAUUUAUGAGCUGAAGGCAAACCAGUAGAGAUUAAAAACAACUUUUAUUAGUAAAGCUUGGGUUGUUUGUGCUGAAAUUCCUUUCUGUUGGCGCGGUUCAACCAUCCUUUUAGAAUAAGUGAGUUACUUUUCUGUUCGUCUGUUACCUGAUGAUUGGCAGUGACAUCACUUCCCACCCCUCCAUGCAUCAGUGACUUAUUUAGCUCUGCUUUAGCAUCUCUGUUUUUAUUUAAUUAUGAUUAUCUGUGCUAUAAGCUUAGCGUUGAAUGAUUAAGCUACAGACUCAGUGCAGCUUCUUAAAGAGCAAGUCACCCCCUACCAGAGUAUUACUCCGCUCCCACUUCCUGUUUGAAACAACAACAAAUGUUGCCUAGCAGACCCUAGAGGGCAGAGCCACUAACCAAUACACACACACACAGGCUCACAAUGACAUUGUGACAUCAUAUGGUACCAGCUAACGUUCUAGGGUACCUCUUAGCCAAUAGCGAUGGCAGAUUUUAAUUCAAAUGCAGUGCAGAGUUUUUACCCGACAACGGCACAACACUGACAGUUUUAGGCAGAAAAUUAAAAUUUUAACUAAAAUGCAAAACUAUUGACGACACGUGUCUGCAGCACGAUUAGACACACAUUUAUAUAGUUUAUCAGGAAAAAAAGUUGGUUUGGGGGGUGACUUGCUCUUUAAGCUACGCCACUUCUAGCUUUGCUGAGCAGGCAGACGUUUUAGCAGAAGCUGGUGGUUGGGUAUUUCAUUAGUAUGUGAGGCCAUGUUUUUAUGCACAUCUGCAGCUACACUUUAAACGGGCAGAAACUGUAACUUUGGCUGUGAUUGGCUGAGUGUUGAGCAGAGCGAGUGAAACAGAGGGUGCAGGAAAUGGAGGUACGAUGGAAGCUUUAUCAGCACGCUGCCGCUGCCUCCUCCUGCUCCAUCUCAGACGCUGCACCUGAACCCGAACAGCUUCUAAACUCAGAAUCACUCUGCUUCGGGAGCGAGUUUAAACUAAACGUAAGAUUCUCGGGCCGUGUGAGAAUGUGAAGCUUUUUCAUGGGACGACCUUGAGGAGAAGGAGAAUGGGAGCGAGUGUCCCUCGUUGCUUAACUUUACUUGACGGCAGAGCUGCGGUGAUCCGCGAUCCUCCCCAGAGGGCGCCGAAUCGCACCGCGCCGCCCACAAAUGUUUGUCAUUGCAAGUGUGCACUCAAGGCAGACGCAUGCUGUGACCUUUGGACUGUGUAGCAGUAUUGUUGUCGCCAUCUUUGUUACAUUUUGAAAUUUCUUGUGUUUUAAGAGUAAAGACGUUAAAACAUUUAAAAAGGCUUUUUUAUUGGAUGGCGAGCUUUGACUGAAAACUUGAUCAUUGUGUAGAUUAGAGGUGAGGGCGGCGUUGCCCGUAAUCGGAGGCCUGUGCUGUUUUAAUCAGGUUCGGUCUGCGCUACGCGGCCUUGGAGGCCCCACCCUCACCGUCUUUAAUCACUGCCAAGCUGUCUGCAGCCAUCUUAAACAGGGCCACUCAGUCCUCGCCUGGUUUGUGUUUUAGGAUCAUUUUACAGCACAGUGUGAGCCGCUGUCAGGGGUCUGCGUUCUAAACGUGGGCCCUAAUGACGGCUAGUGGAGAGGACAGACCAGAGUGUGGAUCCCUCUGGUGCUCGAGCUGUGCUCUGGUGCUUUUCUAGCGUCGUGCAACACGACAAUAAGGGUGAAAUGCAAAUAAGGAACGAAUAGAAGAGGAGGAGAACUCUGGACCUGCUUUUCUUAGUGAGGUUGAUGGUCCUAACGUGUCCAGAGUUGGAGCAUUUCAGAGAAACUGUUUGUGGUUUCUGGCUGAUAGGAACUCCUCUGACCAGAACCUGGCCGGAGGAAACGAUAAAACGUCACGUCUCUCUUAAAGAAGGAGGCUGGUGUUCUUUAGGGUUUGGGUUUAAUAAAGGUAGAAUAAAAAAAGGACCGGGGUUUAAACAAUCUAGGAUCAGGCUGAUUAUCGAGAGGAAAACCGUAGAUCGAAGAUCUUCCUUAAUGGUUUACUCUUCACCUUUGAAGCUUUCACACCUUUUCGUUGUCUUGUUCCGCGUCUCCCUCGUGUCAGCGACGCGUGUUCACCUUUUCUUUGUUACAAAGUAUUAAACAAAUGCAAAAACUGAAAAAUCAAGAAGAAUCUGUCACUUUUCUGCUUCAUUUGUCUCUUCUGUCGUGUCUGUCCUUCGUCCUGUUUGUGUUCUCCACCUGACACGUGGAGCUGACCGACUUUUGUGCUUUUGGGGAUUAAAAGAAGAAGAAAAAACAACUUUUUUUCCGUCAUUCUGAAUCUUGUUUCUGUUUGUUGUACCAUGUCUGAGUAAAAGUUUUAAUACUCUGUUUUCAUUUAUUGUGGAGAGAAACCCCAGCCUUUGUGUUUAACAGAUGAUACUUUUGCAGUAAUGAUGCAUAAUAAAAAAAUCAGACAGCUUAA